ACCCAAAUGAAACAACAUCACUCUUCUGCUCAUUUGAUUCCCUCACUCUUUUGUUUUUGGUUUUUCAAGGAUCAUUGGCUGCUAUAAUUGGAGGGUCGUGCUCAAUUUUCUAACUUGUAUUAAAAUUUUUUUUCCCAAUGAAUUGAACAGUGUGAUUGCCUACUUUUGCUAGAGUCCAGUUCGACAUAAAAUUUUGUUUUUGAACUCUGGGAUGUUGUAUAAGAUGUGUUUUGGUCAAUUUUAAUGCUUUCGUAACAAAUUGGAACUCAUUAAAAUGAGUUAAAAAUUCUGGGUUCUGGGGUUUGAGGUGAUUUUGAGUAAGUUGGUAUGUUUAAUUGGUAAUGGUUCAAGCAAUCCAUCGAACUCCUCAAGUAGUGAAGGAGCUGAAUCACCGAUUGAUUUGCCCCCGUGGUUCUCGUCUUUGUCCAUAGAAGUGGAGUCGGACGUGGAACUCGAUGCUAAAAGCAUAUCAAAGGUUCCUAAAAGCACACUGCCUAUGAUUUGCUUCCGAGAUGGCAGCCCACCACUGCCAGAUGUCCUAAACAGUUCUAUUGUAGAAUUAGGUCCUCUCUCAAAUGCAUCAUUUGAAGGAUUAAAAGGUCAGAAUGUUCAGUGCUACCCAAUGCAGAAAAAUAUAUUGGUGGAACUGACAAAUGAACAGAUAUCUCCUGGAGUUUGGUAUCUUGGUCUCUUCAAUGGCAUUGGACCUACAAGGUCACAAUCAAAAAUGAUUGUCCGCAGCCCAGACUACUCUUUUAGUGCAAAUGUCAGUGUGGAAGGAUGUACAACCUCCACAAUGUGGGGCCAAUACUGCAAUCAGACGAUUAACUCACUUUCCUGUUUUCUAUCUGACAGCUAUAAUUCUACAGAAAAUAUGGUCUCUUGCAAAAAUUUUCAGACCUUUUGCCAUGGAGAAGGUGAAGUUAAAGUUUAUUUACUGGAGAUUUUGGGAGUUGCAGAACAAUUAACAAUUAUGGCAUUAAAUGCUAGUCUCAGUACAACUGUGUCAAAUAACACUUUGAAAGCUAGUGGAACUAAUUUAACUUAUUAUGUACGGCAUGGUGCAAUGCCUUCGAUGGCACUGCAUGAUUAUUCUGGUGACAUACACAAGGCUCCUCUGGUUAUUCACUCACCAAAGGUUGGACGCUGGUUUAUUGCUGUUGUACCUGAUCUUUCUAAAGAAGUCAGUGGGAGUCAAAAUAGUAGCAUACAAGUUUGCUAUUCCAUUACAUGGCAAGUGGAUCAGUGUCCAUUGGGGAAGGCUGGAUUGAAUUGUACCUCAGAAAGAUAUGUUCUUCAGACAGUUCUCAGGAGAGAUUCCUCCCCCUUUGAAUCCUAUUAUUUGCCAGUCAGUGGAAAGGUGUCGCCAGAUUCAGCUAAUUUUCCUCUUGAGCCCCUUUCUAGUAAUGCCACAAAUGGUGGAGAAUCAGAUAAUUCCUGGACUUACUUUCUUUUGAGCAUUCCUCGCGGUGCAGCUGGAGGAAACAUCCAUGUCCGAGUAACAUCAGAUACAAAGAUAAAUUAUGAAAUAUAUGCUAGAGUUGGUGGAUCCCCAUCUCUUGACAAUUGGGACUAUUAUUAUGCAAACAGGACAAGAAGCAGUGAUGGUUCUGCAUUUUUCUUGCUGUAUAAUUCAAGUGAAGAAAAAAUCGAUUUUUACAUCCUCUAUGUUCAAGAAGGAACUUGGACAUUUGGAUUGAGGCAUUUAAAUACCACCAGUAGCACUUCAGAUGACCAGACUAUCAUGUCUAUUUCAGUUGAGAGAUGCCCUAGAAGAUGCUCCUCUCACGGGGAGUGCAAAGUAGCUUUGGAUGCCAGUGGAUUGACAUCAUACAGCUUUUGCUCUUGUGAUCGAACUCAUGGAGGCUUUGACUGUAGCAUCGAAAUUGUAUCACAUCGAGGGCACAUACAGCAAUCAAUUGCUCUUAUUGCAUCAAAUGCUGCAGCCGUGCUUCCUGCAUACUGGGCUCUUCGGCAGAAGGCUUUUGCAGAAUGGGUGCUCUUCACAUCUAGUGGAAUUUCAAGUGGGUUAUACCAUGCCUGUGAUGUGGGCACCUGGUGUGCGUUAUCAUUUAGUGUGUUACAGUUCAUGGACUUUUGGCUUUCAUUCAUGGCUGUGGUGAGCACCUUUGUAUACUUAACUACUAUUGGUGAAGCUUAUAAAAGAACAAUUCAGAUAGUUGUUGCCAUUCUUACAGCCCUCAUGGCCAUAACCAAAGCUACCAGGUCUUCUAAUAUCAUCAUUGUGAUGUCAAUUGGUGCACUUGGUCUUCUUAUUGGGUGGCUGAUAGAGUUUUCCACCCACUUUAGGUCAUUUUCCUUUUCAUCAGAAUUCUGUCUGAAUGUACCUGCCAGAUGGCAAACCAUUAGGGGAUGGUUCAAUAAUUUACUCAAGACACUUUGGAGAAGAUUUCGGUGGGGUUUUGUACUUGCGGGAUUUACUGCACUGGCCAUGGCAGCUAUAAGCUGGAAGCUGGAAAGCAGUGAAAGCUACUGGAUAUGGCACAGUUUGUGGCAUGUCACCAUAUAUUCAUCUUCCUUCUUCUUCCUUUGUUCAAAAGUAGACACAGUGAAUAGUGAGAAUCAAAGGUCCCCAGAUGGAAACUAUGCAUUAACCCGACAGGAUUCAUUUGCCAGGGGUGAAUAGAAAGGGAACAGAGAUAUUUUUUGCAAAAUUUAGCUCUCAACUUCUGUAAGAAAAUGAGCUGGUAAUCAAGGCCUUGAGAAAAAUUAGCUGUUAUUUGUGAUCAAGGCUUGUUCAGAUGAAAAGCAGCUCUUGCCAGAGUAAAAAAGAAUGCAACAACUGAAGCAGUUGUUAAUUCUUUCUGUUCUAUGCCCCAUUUUUCAGUCGGCAAUUUUUUUUACCCUAGUGUAAAUUUUCUGUACAGACUUGGUAAAUCAGAUAAGAGGAUGGGUAGGUAGAAACAUUUCCUUUUAGUUUCACAGGAGGAAUAGAGCAGGACAUGAUGAAGGUCAAGUUGCUUUGUUUGUGUAAAGGUUAUUUGGUUAUUUUAGUAUUAAUAAUUAGAAUUUCUUAUUUA